CCUGAGCUUCCUGCCCGCGCGGCCCUGGGCGCCGCAGUUGCGGCCGCUGUUGGCCCCAGGCGGCACUCGCGUAGACGCUGGCCCGGGGUGCGGUGCCUUUCUGGUGUUUUAGGUUGCCAGGCAUUAGUGCGUUUUGGGUUUUGUUUUUUAUUUUGAGCCAGGGUCUCGCACCAUAGUUCAUGCUGGCCUUGAGGUCAGUGUAGCCCAGGCUGGCUUCGAACUCAUGGCGAUCCUCCCGCCUGGUGUCCCCCCCCCCCCGAGUGCUGGGCUUACAGGAGUGCACCACCGCGCCCGACUGGAGUUUCUUCAACUCAAAUAUUAAUAUUUUUUAAAAGAGUCACUUGGGGUCGGGUGUGGUGGCACGUGCUCGUAAUCCCAACACUGUGGAGACAGGAGAAUCACCGCAAGUUCGAGGCCAGCCUGGGCUACAAAAUGAACUCGAGUCGCUUGAGGAUCAUGUUAAAAUGCAAAUUCCAGGUGGGGCCAGGGACUGCAUUUUUUUUUUUUUUUUUUUUUUUGGUCUUUUUCGUUUUUAUCGGUACCAGGGAUCAAACUCACAACUGCCUGCUUGCAAGGCAGGAACUUAUGCCACUGAGCUAAAUCCCCAACUCCCAGGGACUGCAUUUCUAUCAACUCCUAGCCAUGCUGAGGCUGGGCCGGAUUUCCACACAGCAAAAAGGCAUUGGGAUGGACGAGCCGCUGGUGGACUGCGAGGGCUACCCACGCGCGGAUGUGGACCUGUACCAAGUGCGGGCGGCCAGGCACAACAUCAUCUGCCUGCAGAAUGACCACAAGGCAGUGAUGAAGCAGGUGGAGGAGGCCCUGCACCAGCUGCAUGCCCGAGACAAGGAGAAGCAGGCCCGGGACCUGGCUGAGGCCCGCAGGGAGGCCCUGAGCCGCAGGUCUGGGCAGGGCGAGAGCCAGGGCCCCCCGCAGGCCUUCGCCAGGGUGAACAGCGUCAGUGCCGGCUCCCCGGCCAGCUUUGCGGGCCUGCAGGUGGACGAUGAGAUCGUGGAGUUUGGCUCUGUGAAUGCCCAGAACUUCCAGUCGCUGCAGAAUGUGGGCAGCGUGGUGCAGCACAGCCAGGGGAGGCCGCUGACAGUGACGGUGAUCCGCAGAGGGGAGAGACAGCAGCUCCGCCUAGUCCCGACGCGCUGGGCGGGCAAAGGCCUGCUGGGCUGCAACAUUGUUCCUCUGCAGAGAUGACUGCCAUGCCCUGGACCUAGGCCCUCGCGGGGAACCCCAUUGUGUUUGCUCCCUGAAGUCUUAAGAGUCGUCUGGUGGCCAAAACCUGGCCCCUCCUGCUGCCAUCGAUGGGCAGAGGCAUUUCUGGAAACAGUCUGUGCCCAGCCUCUGUGACCAAUCAGGACCAGACGGAAAUGAGAACUCCGGGGCCUCAGGGCAGGUGGGCGGGAGCUGUGUGUGCGGUGCUGAUGAGACUUCUGGGGAUUUCUUUUUCCCUGAAUAUGGCUGUGCAGGGUGGAGGUGACCACGGAGUCACCCUCGGCGAGUUUCUCCUGAGCAUCUCUCACUCAGGAGAGGGUUAAGUGUGGGGCUGGAACAUCCCCAAUGCGCUGGACUCCGGCUCCGUGGCAUCUCUCCUUGCUUUCGCUCCUGUGUGUACAGAGAGCACUGAGCACUUCAGGGCAGCCUCAGUGGCCAGAGCCCUCGGCCCUCUGGGGGGUAGCGUGGCCCCCACUGGAAUGAAACCCACUCUGUGCUGCCAGCUUGACCCUCUAAACAACCCAGCUAUGGCCCAAAUCAGCGCCGGCACCGAGGUGUGCCUGCCACUGCUGAUCGCAAGUGUUUACACAUCCGCCUUCUUGACGAUGCCACUUGCUUCCUUUUCUCUGUUGAGAUGCUAACGGCCUUCCCUGGACUCCAUGUCUGAGUCUCCUGCCCUCCCUCCAUGGUCCAGUGUUUAUAGUGUUUAUUGGCCUUGGUUUCGCAGACCGCUUCCUCUUGUGGAGGCCUGGGGCAGUCUGCUGAGGACGCCUGUGCCUAUGGUUUCCUGGGCUUGGCCUCAGUGUGGGCUUCUGGCCGAAGAUGUCAGGCUCCACCGCAAAGCCUUCUGCCUGAGUGCGCUCCAGCCCCGCGGACUCUGCACACCACAUCUUCCAGGGCUUCCUGUUCAGACCAUGCCUGGCAGGGCAGGUAUCUUCGUCUCCAGACCCCGAACUGUAAUAAAGUUUGUGUCCACUUCCA